AUGCGUUCCGCAAUGAAGACCGCUUGGCUUUCAGCCUUGAUUUUGCUUGUUACGUCUAUCCUCGGCGCCAACGGACAAUGGCAAGUCAUCGAAUUAUCGACCCACGAGAUGAGGGAGGGUGGAGUUGUCAAAUUCAACAGCACCGUUGACUUCUCUCUGACUCGACCUGGCAAAGACAUCACUCCGUGCUCUACAACUUGGACUCACUACCCUACCCCUAUCAUUCCCACGCAAUGGAUCAAGUGCGAAACUGAUCCGAUGCUACGUUUCCGCAUUGCGGUGUACAAUGAUGUCGGCAACUAUACACUCGAGGUUGUCGAGUUGGAUGCCGUGAGAUCACAUGACAAGACAACAUCAAUCGGCGUCACGCGCGCAAAUAUCACCGCUUCCACAAACGCAGGUAUCGAGUGUUUUGGCGCAGACACAGACUCCGGAACUCAGUGUGUGUUGUACAAUGCCCCGAUGACCCUCGACAGCACCACGUCGACCUUCACACCGUCACCUCUACCAAUCGUCUGGGCAGAAUCCCGCAGCGAUGGCCCUCUCAGUGGCGACAUCCCUUGCAACGAAGCCUGGACAUUCUACAUCUACAACCUCAACGUCGCACUCCUCGGACUCCCGACCCUCGGCCGGAAUCCCGCGCAAUGGGAAACUCAUUGCGAUUCCAAUUGGGCUUGCGGUGGAACAGACAAGUCCGUCAACAACUGGACUCCCUGCGCAGCUCCUACAUUCCAGUUCUUGAAGGCCUUGCCGGCAGCUGGUGGAGAUGUCCUUUCAGAUUUCGUGAUUAGGAUCAAUCAUACAUUCCCGUUGAUGAUGGCUACGAGUAUCAGAGGGAGCAAUGCAUCGGAUGUUCACUUGACUGAUCCAGAAGAAGCUGCAGGUAUGCAAGUUAGGUUAGUUUUGGAGGAUACGGCUUGGAAGGUUGGUAGUACCUUGACUGAUGUCAAGGGAGGUGGUAUUGAUCAGCUGGGUAAUUGCUCGAUUGGAUGUGAAUAUUCGGGCAAGCAGGUCAGCGUGAAGGUCGUUGACAUGGAGAUUUUGUGA